CAUUAUUGCAACAACAAAAACACAAUCCAAUUGGUGAAGUUCCAGUUCACCAAAGACCACACCAAGAUAUGGCCCAGAUGCGCUCUGCUGGCCUCCUGGCCGCGACGCUGCUCCUCCUCCUUGCCGCUGCAGCAGCAGUUUCAGGUCCACCAUCUCCUUACAAACUCCCAGCCUGCCAGAAUGACAUCGACGCACUGUGGCACAACUGCAAGCAGUACGUCCAGAAGCAGGGGCCCAAGCAGAAGCCGUCGUCCGCCUGCUGCAGAACGGUGCAGGACGCAGAUGCACAUGAGUCCUGUGUCUGCGACUACCUGGGCUCCCGCGACGCCAAGGAGAAAUUAAGCAUGGAGAAGGUGUUCUACGUAACCAAACAGUGCGGUGUCACAGUACCUGCAGGCUGUGGGUCAAAGCAGUCCUGAGACGUGUAAUUGGCUGAACCUGAAUGGAGGAGAUUGCCUAACACACGCAAGGCAGCUAAAUAAAUAAAGUUGGUCAACCGUUAGUUGAUGAUGUUGGAGUACAAUAGCUGUACUGAUGUUCACACAUAUAUAAACUCUAACUAAUUACACAAUAUAUAUUGGUAUCAAAGCUGAAAACAAUAGCUGGCUCAUGAGAGAGACGGACCGUCUUAUUUUCUUCCCUACUGUCUGAUUUUCCAUUCAAUGAAGACAAUGUAUGCAUAAAGCAGCAUAUAUAAGCAAUGGAAAUUUCUAAAAGGACUUCUCUA